GCUUUUCCACCAUUUUUCAUCGCCGACCCAUAAUUCGCGGCUCAGCGGCGCGCAGGUUUAUUUCGGGCUCAACUCGAUGGCAGUCACUGUUCGUCCUCCGUGAUCAAACAUCAGAGAUUCCGUCUCGAAUCUCUCUCUCUCUCACUCUCUCUCUGGCGAUCCAGAGAUCCGCGGAAGUUGCAAUUGGACGGCGUGACAGGUGAUCAAUCACGCGCGUGUGAAUUGCAAGAGUGCGCGUGAUUGCAAGUGUCGUGCGUGUUGAAUGUUAAAUGAGCGGAAGUGAAACCUUGAGCUUCAACACUCUGAAAAGGUCUUCCUCAUUGGCCAGAAAGGCGGAAAAGUGUUGGCUUUCUCUAUUAGUAUAGGAUUUAAUGGUUCAGGAGGAGGCGAGAAAUGUGUUUAUAGUAAUUUUAUCGCAAUGGAACAGAAAUAACACGCGCAGCCAAGUUUGAAAAGAAAAAAAAAAAUUCACAGGCGGCAUCAACGAUAAUCAGCCUUGCUUCGCGGGUGUUUAUCGCGGAUCACUCCAAUGGAUUUCGCAUUACAACCCAGCUUAGAAGGGGUGGAAAGUUGGCGGUCUCUCUAUUGCCGGGUGGACUGAAAAGCGCCUCAAAAUGCUGUAAGCCUCCCUUGCGCGAUGCCAUCCCCCCAUUCAGUCUGCGGUAUCAACCACAGUGGUGGACUUUAAAUACAUCGCAGGAGCGAGGCUGAAACAGUCACGGGGACAUUCACAAGUAUUGUACACGUCAGCGCCAUAUGUUGAAUGCGAAAGGAUGGGCAUAAGAGCAUAAAAGCGGGAGUUUUGCGCUCAAGUGUGCGAUGGAGGUGGAAAACAAUAAUAAAGCACAUAAGAGGGGUGCGCAAAAAAGUGCUGAAAACCCACCCGACAUAUCCGGACAAUGGUUGAGCACCGAACAAGUGGGGCGUCGUGUGGAGCGGCUAUUAAAAAUGUAGUACCAGGAUUUUCGACAUGUGGCACUGAGGUGAAAACCUCUUGUCGGGGAAAAAACCAGCGAGAGAGAGAGAGUGGGCUUUUCCGGAGGGGGUGGUAGAGGCUGGAGGGUUGCAUGUGGUGCUCGGGAGCUUCUGUGAUACAGAAACUUUUCGAGAUGUUUACGAGCAAUUGAUAGCGAGGCUCUGAAUCCCCCCUCCCCCUCGAUUUAGGGGACAGAAGGGCUCUGCUGUGCCCUAAAGUUGCAGAUAGAUUGUGGUGGAAUUGCUCUGCCCAUCGCUGCUCUACAUUCAUCUCUUCCCUUGCAGCCAAUCAGCCAUCGACCAUGGAAGAUGACACCCUCAAGUCGCUGAGAUAUUGCUUUCAGCGAAUCCUCGUGCCAUGUGUCGUUAUCAUUGGUGUUCUCGGCAACUUUGUCACCGUCAUUGUCCUCACGAGGAGACGCAUGAGAUGCUCGACAAAUGUUUACUUAACUGCACUGGCUGUGGCCGAUAUGGUAUUCCUCCUGUUCAACUUCAUCCUGUCGCUGCAGCACUAUCCCAACAUCAACCGCGCCAAGUAUGAGCUAUACUGGCGAACGUACGGCCUGUCCCACUGGUUCUGCGACGCCUCAUCAUAUUCGUCCAUUUACUUGACGGUCAGCUUCACCAUCGAGCGCUACAUUGCCGUUUGUCAUCCGAUUCGGGGUCAGAUUCUCUGCACAGAGUCACGGGCCAAGCGGGUCAUCGCCGUCGUGGUCGUGCUGUGCUUCCUGCUCACCGGCACGACGUCCUUCGAGUACCAGCUGGACACGACGGAGCGCCACGUGAGCGGCGUCUCGAGAGAGCUCUGCCUCCCCCCGGAGGCCAACGCCACGUCACCGGCGACGCAGGAGGACGUGGAGGCCAGCACAGUGGCGUGGCUAUCGACGCUGGAAGUGACGUCCGACGUGGACGCCGAGAUGGAUGGAGAUUAUGAGCUGAAUGGGAAUAAGACGGAGGAAAUUACCAACAGUACUUCAAAAGACGAUAUCUGUGUUGUGGAAAUCUAUUUCAAAGCCAUUCCAUCGGAACUAGGAAAGAAUAGCACGUACAGGACCAUUUUCUACAUCAUGACAUCUGUGCUCUUCACCUUCUUGCCGCUCAUCCUCUUGGCCACGUUCAACUGCUUCCUCAUUGCCGCCGUGCAUCGAUCCCACAAGAACCGCCACCAGAUGACGAACGCCCGCCAGGGCGACACUUCCACCAGCCAGGAGAACAAAGUUACAGUGACGCUCAUUGCGGUGGUGCUGCUGUUCCUCAUCUGCCAGACGCCCACGGCGAUCUUCCUCAUCUACACUUCCUGGGCGCCUGAGACGAGCGACCCGCGCUCGCUGAACCUCAAUCGGGCCAUGGGCAACAUCCUGAACUUCCUGGUCACCAUGAAUGCUGCCUGCAAUUUCCUGCUCUACUGCGCCUUCUCGGCCAAGUAUCGCGCAACAGUGGCGCAUUUGCUCAGUCGACGGCCUAAGAGACAAGGCACUGUGUCAUCGCGGUUUUCGCGAUACGCCACGCGCGGAACAGUGGAGCAGAGCAUCCGCCGGAAGAGCAGCUAUUUGGGCGCCAGCGGACAGCCAAAUGCCCGAAUCUCCCAAGCUCCUCGACCUUCGCUCACGCCUUCAGAUGCGGAUCAAUUCGACAUGACACGGCAGGGGAAGCAGGUCAUGAGAAACUGCAGCAGUCGCAGCACCGCCUCGAGGCGUCGCCACGUCCUUCUGCCGGAGUCAAACAGCAACAAUCGCCGGCCGAGUCUCACCAGGAGUCAAUCCCUCAUCCUGCCCGUGGUGCCACGGCACUCGCCCGACUGCAAAUCAAACCCCAACAACUUCUAGCC